AAAUGGGUCACGGAGAAGAAGGUGUGUCGCUUGAAUUCACUCCGACUUGGGUCGUCGCCGGAGUUUGUACCGUAAUCGUAGCGAUUUCUCUUGGGGUGGAGCGUUUGCUUCACCAUUUCGGUACUGUUCUUAAGAAGAAGAGGCAAAAACCCCUUUACGAAGCCCUUCAAAAGGUUAAAGAAGAGUUGAUGCUGUUAGGGUUCAUAUCGUUGUUACUGACGGUAUUCCAAGGAUUCAUCUCCAAGUUUUGUGUGAAAGAGUAUAUGCUUGUGCAUAUGCUUCCAUGCUCAGCUGAAGCAAAAGAAGAAGCUGAACAUAAAAACGUAACAGCAACAGAGCAUCUUCAGUCUUUCUUCCCUAUCGUUGGAACCACUAGGCGUCUUCUUGCUGAACAUGCAGCUGCUGCAGCUGGUUACUGUAGCCAAAAGGAUAAAGUGCCAUUGCUUUCUCUCGAGGCGUUGCACCAUCUACAUAUCUUCAUCUUCGUCCUCGCCAUAUCCCAUGUGACAUUCUGUGCUCUUACCGUGGUUUUUGGAAGCACGAGGAUCCACCAAUGGAAGAAAUGGGAGGAUGCGAUUGCAGACGAGAGUUUUGACCCUGAAACUGCUCUUCUUAAGACUAGAAGGGUCACCAAUGUACAAAACCAUGCUUUCAUUAAAGAGCAUUUUCUCGGUAUUGGUAAAGAUUCAGCCUUCCUCGGAUGGACGCAAUCAUUUUUCAAGCAGUUCUACGCAUCUGUGACGAGAUCAGAUUACGUGACUUUGCGCCUUGGUUUCAUCAUGACACAUUGCAAGGCAAACCCCAAGCUUAACUUCCACAAGUACAUGAUGCGUGCUCUUGAGGAUGAUUUCAAACAAGUCGUUGGUAUUAGUUGGUAUCUUUGGAUCUUUGUCGUCAUCUUCUUGUUGCUGAAUGUUAACGGAUGGCACACAUAUUUCUGGAUAGCAUUCAUUCCCUUUAUUCUGCUUCUUGCUGUGGGAACAAAGUUGGAGCAUGUGAUAUCACAGUUAGCUCACGAAGUUGCAGAGAAACAUGUAGCCAUCGAAGGAGAGUUAGUGGUGAAACCAUCAGAUGAGCAUUUCUGGUUCAGCAAACCUCAGUUUGUUCUCUACUUGAUUCAUUUUAUCCUCUUCCAGAAUGCUUUCGAGAUUGCGUUUUUCUUUUGGAUUUGGGUUACAUACGGCUUCGACUCGUGCAUUAUGGGACAAGUGAGGUACAUUGUUCCAAGACUGGUUAUUGGGGUCUUCAUUCAAGUGCUUUGUAGUUACAGUACACUGCCUCUUUACGCCAUUGUCUCACAGAUGGGAAGUAACUUCAAGAAAGCGAUAUUCGAGGAGAAUGUGCAGGUUGGUCUUGUUGGUUGGGCAAAGAAAGUGAAGAACAAGAGAGCAGCAGGUAGUAACGGGAACGAAGGAAGCUCUCAGGCUGGUUCUGGUUCUAGUCCUCCUGGUGCUGCUGGUUCAAGUCCUGGUCCUGGUCCUGGUCCUGCUCCUGGUCCUGGUCCUGGUGCAGGUUUUGCAGGAAUUCAACUCAGCCGAUUAACAAGAAACAACGCAGCAGGAGGGGGCACACAGAGUGAGAUUACACCUGAUCGUAACAAC